AUGGCAAUGCCGGAUCAUCGGGUGCCGCAGGGUCCGUUGCUGCCGGCCGACCAAAACGAGGGACACCUAGCGGUUGGAUCGUCCAGAGCGCCCCUGAUGCAAAACAGCGCAACGGCGGAGAAGAAGACGAAGGCGAAGAAGAUAAAGAACAUGUGCUUGGCUUCUUCCAAGACCACGUCCCGCACACUGGCCUUGACAGAGCAAAAGCACAGCUGUCUGCGCAAUAACUCUCCCACUUAUUGCCGUUAUCCGUGCCUCUCUGACAGAAAGGACGGUCCGCCGCAUUCGAUAUUUGGCAGCCUGAGCCUGAGCCCCUUCCUGCCGGAGAUCUAUUCGAUGUACUCCCGAGAAGGAUGCCCCUGGUUCUCGGGCGAGGGAGGCGCAGCUCUGUGCAUAUCAGACUUCUGGUCUUUGCUCUUUAGCACCUACCGUCUACGCAACUACUACGCCCUCGACCCAGCUUUUCCCCAGACUUUUGAGGUCCUCUUUUACCUCGCCUUGUCGGUUUUGACCUCUUGUUCAGGUCAAUCUCCCGUACUGACCUCGGUGCAGCACCAGCUGGUGUCCACUCUCGCUCUUCCCAAAAAGGCCAUUGAGCAUGUGCCAUUGAGCUAA